AUGCUGGGCUUGAGCACAGCGGGUCUCGUGCAGCGCCUGCGGGUCGCAGGACUCGCAUGGCUGCGGAGCCCGCGCGGCUGCUCCCUGGGCCUGGCGCGCGCGACAGGGGCGCCCCCUCUAGGGGACUGGCGGUCUCCCGCCCCGCCGGAGCCGCGCGGGCGCCCGCUGAGCCUGUCAGCCGCCGCGGUGGUGAGCUCGGCGCCCCGCCCUCUGCAGCCCUACCUGCGCCUGAUGCGGUUGGACAAGCCCAUAGGAACCUGGCUACUUUAUUUGCCAUGUACCUGGAGCAUCGGUUUGGCAGCUGAACCUGGUUGUUUUCCAGAUUGGCACAUGUUAGCCCUCUUUGGCACUGGAGCUAUCCUGAUGCGUGGAGCAGGCUGUACUAUUAAUGACAUGUGGGACCGUGACUACGACAAAAAGGUUACAAGAACAGCAUGUCGCCCAAUAGCCGCUGGAGACAUUUCAACUUUCCAAUCCUUUGUUUUUCUUGGGGGACAGCUGACCUUGGCACUGGGUGUCCUUCUGUGUCUGAAUUACUACAGCAUAGCUCUGGGAGCAGCAUCCUUACUUCUUGUUGUCACCUAUCCACUAAUGAAAAGAAUUACCUACUGGCCUCAGUUAGCCCUGGGGUUGACUUUUAAUUGGGGAACACUGCUUGGAUGGUCUGCUAUCAAGGGCUCCUGUGAUCCAUCUGUGUGUCUUCCUCUUUAUUUUUCUGGAGUUAUGUGGACACUGGUAUAUGAUACUAUAUAUGCCCAUCAGGACAAAAAAGACGAUGCUGUGAUUGGUCUCAAGUCCACAGCACUGCUCUUCAGAGAAAAAACGAAGCAGUGGCUCAGUGGCUUCAGUGUCGCCAUGCUGGGGGCCCUGAGCCUGGUAGGAGUGAACACUGGUCAGACUGCUCCCUACUACACUGCUCUAGGUGCUGUAGGAGCCCAUCUGGCUUACCAGAUUUACACAGUGGACAUUCACAGACCAGACGAUUGUUGGUAUAAAUUUACCUCUAACCGAACAGUAGGAAUAAUCAUUUUUUUAGGGAUUGUCUUUGGAAAUUUGUGGAAAGAAAAGAGGACAGAUGAAACAAACAUACAAAAAAAGGUAGUAGAAUAGAACAUUUGCAAAUAAGCUAGAUGUGCUGGUGCGUGCCUGUAAUCCCAGCACUCAGGAAUCAGAAGUGGAAGCAGGAGAAUCUAGUUCAAGGCCAACCUGAGCUCCUGUCUGAAAAAAAC